AUUGACAGGUGACGUCACACUAACAACGAGUAUAAAAUAAGAUUUUUCUUUGUCAAACGCUCAUCUGUUGCAAGAAGGCUACAAUAACAGGACGCCGUACAAAGGCAGUAUAGAGUUUUUCUGCUUCUGCACGGCUAAAAGCGAAAACAGAACACGAUCGGGUCUUCUUGUCGUCUAAAUUCUGCUUAAAGAAAAGACAAAAUGAAGAUAGUCCUGUUUGCUGAUUUCGUUGCAACAUCUCACGGCCUUACCCAGGCACAAUACGUCCUAAAACACCUAUGUGAACAAGGCCACUGCAUUUCUCUCUUUGAAUGCUCAGAUGUGAGUGUACCCAUCUUAAUCUAUGAAGAACCAAGCACAGUUAUCCGUGGCAACUAUGAAGAACCAUUACAUUUACUAGAGAGAAAAGUGGUAGAGGCAGAUGCUAUCCUCUUGGUCACAGAUCGGGAAACAUAUGACACACCCAAGUCAUUGAUAUCGGUAAAGAAGUACUUUAGAGGUUGCAAUUAUGCAUGGAAACCGUACGGCAUUAACUGCUUGCUGCUCGGAGGAUCUGUCCAUAGCAGGAAGGUGGCAAUGGCGCUGCGAUCUCUACUUGAAGGUUCUGACUACAUGUCUGGGUGCCUGCCUCAUCGUUGUUCCUGGACAGAGAUGUACUCUGUUGAUGCAAGUCUGGAAACACCGGGCCCAUGCGUCCUAUAGCAUAUUUUUUAAAAUUCACCAUUCAUGGGUAGUUACUGUGUUAUAGCAGUUGGACAAAAAGGAACUUGAGACUGGAUGAAUGCCUUCUAUGAAGGACUUUGACAACAGCUAAACUGCUCUGUGUCUUAGGGUUGUUCUUCUUUAUUCUAUAUGUAGUUCUUGUCACUCAUUUCUAUGUUUUCAAAGGUUCUGUUCGUGUUCAGUCCAGUUUGGAGUCUGAAGUCUCAAGCAUUCACUAGAUCAUUUUGUAUAGAUUAACUUAAGAAAUAUUUGUGGAUUAGGGUUGUAUAUAAAAAUAGAAAAUAGAAACGACAGUUUUAUUGUAAAUAAAGAUAUUCAAUGGCAAA